GUUCAAGCCUUCAGUACUGGCACGCCUGAUGGGCACGAUUGGCUGGCUGGAGGUGAACUUCGAGCAGGGUGACAGCGCGUCGCCCAGCGCUCGUGCGGGAGCCAACCCAGAGUGCCAGGCAGCCAACGCGCGCCUCCUGCGCUCGCUCAGCGAACGCGUGGCGGACUCCGCGUCCGCCUUCCUCGAGGCCGAUUUUCCGUACGUGCACGAGCUCUACGUCCGCCGCCUGCUCGGCGAGGAGGCCAGGCUCAGGCUUCUCGCGCGCGCCGAGCAGCUCGGGGUCCCGCUGCCGCUCGGGCGCGGCGCUGGCCCGUAG